CGUGCUCUGUAAGCUCGGUGUUUACAUAAUAAUGAAGGAUGGGGUCGUAUAUAUAAAAAAAAACUAAAAUUACACACGCAAUACUAUUUCUAAAAGUUUACCUGACAUUUUAUAUUGUGCACGAGAAUAAACAAAAAUGGCAAAAAUCGAUUUGGCGUGUCGGGUUAAAAGAGUCUAUUCUAAUCAAAACGAUCCAUUUUGAAUCAUCCAGCACCUGGAUUUAUAUGAGCUUUCAGUUAAGUGACUCUCACUCCUUCGCAAUGUCUCUCCAAACUAAAGCGCUGGUCACAGCCAAGUGGUUGUCCCAGGCCAUCAAGACGCGCGCGGGUGCCAAUGUGCGUGUCCUGGACGCGUCUUGGUACUUACCCAAACUUAAGCGCAAUUCCGCGAGCGACUUCAAGAAGAGACACAUACCUGGGGCAUCAUAUUUCGACCUGGACCACUGUAGUGACCGAACCUCGCCGCUUGAUCACAUGCUCCCCUCGGCAGGCGACUUCGCAGAGUAUAUCUCGCGCCGUGGUAUUACCAACGACGCGCACGUAGUGGUGUACGACGCGAGCGAGCAGGGCGCGUUUUCCGCCCCGCGCGUAUGGUGGAUGUUCCGCGUGUUCGGUCACCACACUGUGUCCGUGCUGGACGGAGGCUUGAAGCGCUGGAUGCAGGAAGGAUACCCGGUUACGGAGGAGCGCGAGAAGCCGGAGCCCACGGAUUACCGGGCCAUGCUUGACCGGUCAUGGGUGAAAACCUACGAGGACAUUUUGGACAAUGUCGAGACGAAAGAGUUCCAGUUGGUGGACGCGCGACCUGCGGGGAGAUUUAAGGGCAGAGACCCUGAGCCUAGAGACAACACUGAACCUGGCCACAUCCCCGGUUCCAUCAACAUACCUUUUACAUCUCUGUUGGCACCCUCUGGCCUUUUUCUUCCUCCGGAGCAGCUGAGGGAACUGUUUCAGCAGGCUGGUGUUGAUCUGCAGCGCCCACUCUGUGUCACAUGUGGCUCAGCAGUGACGGCGUGUCAUGUCGCCCUGGCGGCCCAUGUAUGUGGGCAGCCAAAUGUAAGCAUAUAUGAUGGCGGUUGGUCUGAGUUCUAUACACGUGCUGCACCCGAGGACGUCAUCUCCGAGGGACGAGGAAAGCACUGGUGAUAAGAGAGAAAAUGGAGAGCAAGAUGGCAACGCACAAAAACCUCAUUAACUCUAUUUUUUAACAUAAACUCAAAAUCUGAAUUACAGAAAUAUCUUGUAUUACAGAAAUAUCUUCAUAUUGGUUUUAAUAUGCCCUUGUCCUCACACAAAUUUGUCUUAAAGAAGAAAGUACACAGAAGGUUUAAUUUUUCACAAACACUUACCCUUGUUACUAAAAGCAACAUGUUUGACAUGGGAAAUCUGUCAUCUUACUUUAAAUAUUGUAUUUACUAUAUUUACAGUAAUCUCUAUAGAAUUACAGCACUAUCCUGUGAAAAUUUACCUCAGACCAGGGUUGUAUAACAGAGCUAAUAUUUUGCAAACACUCACUCUUUGUGACCAAAAACCUUAUAAAAGGAUAGGAUGGUAAACUAGGCAAGGUACUGGAUAGUAACUAGUUAACAUUGUUAUUGUGCUUUUUGUAUCCAUGCUUCAAUAUAAUGGAGAUUUUACUGAGACACUAUCUUCAUGUUAAUAUUGUCUUUCUAAUCAGACAUGAUGCUAAACUAAGUGUUCUGAUGAGCUAAUUAGCUAGCUAGCAUUUUAAUUAUUAUUUUUAUUAUUAUAAUUAUUCCAAUGAACUGAAUAAUCAGUGUUCAGUCUUGCUUAAUCUUCUUCUUCUUCUCCUUCUUUUUCUUCUUCUUCUCCUUCUUCUCUCUCUCUCUCUCUCAUUAAUUAUUUUUCAUUUCCUAUGUGAUUUAAAACCUUUUGUUAUUAAAUAAUUAACCGCAAACGCAAACCAUGCACUCUCAAGCUGUAUUAAUUAAGCAGUAUAUUUAUAAUUCUCAUGUUACUUUCAAUCUGAAUACAAACCAUUUCUAAAGAAAGCACACUAGUGUUUUUUUUUUUUAUACAGAGUAACUUUUUAGAUUA